AUUAUUAAAAAGCACUCAUAUUUCUACUUAGAAAAUAAUAGACCUGGUUUGUGGUGUAAACCGGUAUUUCCUUUCUUUGGAAGCAGAAGUGCACAACCCAUCUCUCUUUUGUGUUGUCUCAGGUUACGGGCUUUUUCAAAGGACUGUCCUUUCCAUUGGCCAGCAUCACUCUUUAUAAUUCUAUGGUGUUCGGUUUCUUCAGCAACACACAGCGCCUCAUUAGCAGAUAUCGUUAUGGUGAUGGCAGACACCCAUGCAGCGUGCUUGACUUGACUGUAGCGAGCAUGUUGACUGGUCUGGUGUCAGUGGGGAUGGGCGCUCCUGUUGACCUCGUCAAAAUUAGACUGCAGAUGCAAACCCAACCUGUUCUUGCAGAGAACUUUAACCUUGCUGGGAAUGGGAGUGUCCCUCUCCGGUCAAUGGGAAUUCAGACCCAGUCGUUGUACAGAGGGCCACUGCACUGCAUUAGUACCGUCCUGCAGAACGAGGGCAUUCAAGGGCUCUACAGGGGCGCAGGAGCCAUGAUAUUGCGGGAUGUACCCGGGUACACCCUGUACUUCGUACCAUACACGUUAUUCUGUGACUGGCUGAAUCCUGAUGGCAGUGCCUCGCUCCAUCCCUGCUGUAUAUGGCUAGCAGGAGGUUUAGCAGGAUCCAUCUCGUGGGUCACCGCCACACCAGCAGAUGUAGUGAAAAGCCGGUUGCAGGCAGAUGCCAUGCAGCACAGGAAAUACAAGGGCAUUCUGCACUGCACCAUGCAAAGUUACAAGACAGAGGGAAUACAUGUUUUCUUUCGUGGAGCGACUGUCAAUGCCGUCAGAGGAUUUCCAAUGUGUGCAACUAUGUUUCUUGGUUACGAGCUUUCCCUCCAGUUUUUCCGCAGUUUCUAAAACAGACUCAUCUGCUUCCAGAAGGGUCCAUGAUUUCAAUGGCAUGUAGAGACUUACAUGUGAGUUCAUUGUUGAUACAAUGAAGAGUAUCAGUGAAGCUUUUAAGUUUUUCUUACAUUAAGAAAAUAGGUACAACAUUUUGCUGAGAUGUUUUAAUAUAUGAUUAUGCAUCACCUGCAUGAGAAUGCUACACUAAUUUAUAUUUUGCUUAUACACAUGUUUAUGUAUUCUGCAUUUGCAAACUGUCACAUUUAUGCAUGAUCACCUAACAAACCAUUAGACUGUACUUGAGAAAGAGUUUUUAUCUACUUUUUAUAUAAGUUCAGUCAGCUGUGUGCAAUAUGCCUUUACAAUGAUUAUCUGCUAAUGAAAUAUUAUUCAAAUAUGUAAAUAAAUCAAAUGGUAUACUGAAGUAAAGUGUCUGCUAGCUUGUUUGUGUGAAUCAAUUUCAAAAUAAUACUCAUGUAUUUUACUGAACUUUUAUUUUUGUAGACAUACCUCUCAAGGUAGAAUUUAGAAAAUAUUGAUAUUGUUAGUAUUUAAGAUGCUCUUUUAUUGCAACCUCCACUUUCAUAAUAUAAUAAUGUCUGUAUAUAGGGCUAUAAUUCUGAAACAGUAUAUCAAUUGAAUGUUGAUGUCUCUUGUUAUACACUAGGUGGCGCUGUUUCAUUAUGUCAGGAAAAUCGGUAGUGACGCUAGAGAAAGGUAAAGGAAAAAUGUUUCCACUAGAUGGAGACACUGUAUCUAAAACAAAACUGUGAGACCUGCCUUUUCUUUGCUUGAACGCUUGUAAUUAACACUAUCAAUAUAUUUAUUUGUUUACCUUCAUGCCAAAGUGACCAUUAACUGACACCAGAGAACUAUGAACAUGAAUGUUCAAUUAUUGAAAUAUUAACAUCCUCAGAGAUAUUUCAAGUAAAUAUUUUAUUUUAAGGGCCUGGCUGACAAAAACCAUUGGAAAUCACUGCAUUACAUGAGCUAAUACUAAAAAACAUAAAGAUAUCAAUGACAUUACACACCCAAAGAUUUGAAAUAUUUUAGUCCACGCUUCAGCAGUUACUGAAGCUGUAGUGUUGAUAUACACAGGGGCGAAUCUAGAAAAAUAUUGAUGGGGUGGCGAGGAGGGGGCAGGAAUUUUUGAGGGGUGGCAACAUAUGGCGGACGUAUAUAUACUGAAUUUAGUCACA